UUCAUGUGCAAUGCUUGGUUCGAAUCACUUGUCUUUCAUAAAAACUUGUUCUGAUUAGUUGGUCAUUCGUUGACUGCUUAAAAAAGAUAAUACGUUGUUUAACAUGUGUGAUUGAUAUCUUUGUACUUUUAUGUGCGUUGAUCCUUACAGAUCUUGCGUUGCGUAGACCGGUUUCAGUAAAAACCUGUUGAUAAAAAACAAGGUCAUUAUAGUUUUUUAUAACGUGCGUGUAUUUUAUUUAAAUUUUCACUUAGACGUGCGUAGACCGUCGUAAGAACACCAUGUUUGGAUUAACAUUUCUGACAUUCGCGAUAAUUUUAUACAUUUAUAUGCGUUUGUCACGUGGUAUCACCAGAAGUGCAACAUGUUUUGUUGGCAAAACUGCCAUCGUUACGGGCGCCAAUUCUGGGAUUGGCUAUCAAACUGUUCUGAAUUUGGCUUCAAGAGGGUGCAGGGUGAUUAUGGUCGACGUAGCUGACAUGACACAGUCAAAAGAAAAAAUCAUCGAGUACACCAACAACCCCAACAUCGUAACUAAAUUCGUGGAUCUGGCGUCUCUACAAUCAGUAAGAGAUUUCGCUUCCGAUAUCAUAAAAACUGAAGACAGACUGGACAUUUUGAUUAACAAUGCUGGAAUUGGUCUAUCUAAAGAAAACAGAACUAAAGACGGUCUUCAUCCUGUUAUGCAAAUCAACUAUUUUGCUCCAUUUCUACUGAUUCAUCUGCUUCUAGGUUUGUUGAAGAAAUCUGCACCAAGUAGAAUUGUUAACACGAGCUCUUGUUUUGCUUUUUUGAAUACCUUGUCUGUGAAGAAUUUAAAUUUCGAUGACAAGUAUGGCAGAUUUAUAGAUAAGUUUCUUAGUUACGCAAAUUCGAAGUUUGCUCUGAUAAUAGCUUCUGAUAUUUAUGCCGAGAGAUUGAGAGGUACUGGUGUUACGUGCAAUACGAUUCAUCCAGGAUUUGUUGCUACUCCUAUUAUACCUAAAGUUUAUAGCGUUGCUUCUAAUGUGUUGAUAAACACUGUAAUAUGGUUAUAUAACAUUAUUUACACGAAAUAUCCCUGGGAAGGUUCACAAACUUUAGUGCAUGUUGCUGUUUCGAAAAAGCUCGAAAAGGUAACUGGGAAGCAUUUUUGGGACUGUAAACCUUUCAUUAAGCCCCUAGGAGCAAAUAAUAAAAAAUUUUGUGGCGAAAUUUGGAAAGCAACAGAAGAGAUUCUUAAUCUGAAGCCGGAAGAAGGACUUUGAAAUGUUGUAGAUGUUUUGUGGUUGUUGCAAAGCUUGCGAAAAUGUUUUGAGUUUUUAAGACGCAUUAUUUAAAUCCUCCCUGUCUAA